GAAGGCUGCUGUUGUCAGUCUGUGCCUGCGAGUGUGAGAGAGAGCAUCUGGGAUUACUACAACACAACCAGUAAUGGUGCUCUAAUUGCAGCUUUAUUUCUCUUCCUCUUUUUUCUUUCUUUCACUUUGUCUGGUUCCUGGUCCCCCCCUCACAGCGUUAUUCAGAUGCAUCACGAUGUCAGCGGUGGCUCCCCUGCAGUAAGCAGACAAAGGUUAUGCUGCCCAAAAGCUACCUGAGUCCAGGUGAGAAAGAAAAGGGCUAAAGCCACAUCUCUCCCUUACCCUGUUAGCUCUCCAGACAGAGCCACAGCACUUGCAUCCAUCCCACAGAGAAGAGGAGCCAUGAGCAACCCCAACACACCCAGCAAUGUCACCGACGCCAUGGAAUCUGUCAUCCACAACCCGGAGGCGCUGCCAGCCUCAACCCAGCAAGGGGCGCAGCGGGCGGAUGAGGAGGAUGAAGGGGACCUGAACAAAGCCCUGGGAGUCCAGAGGUUUCAGCAGAUCAUCAGCCCUGCCCCCAGGAUCCCUGACGAGCAGCACCGCACCUACAGCGAGGAGGAUUUUGAGUACCACCGUCACUCCUCACACCACAUGCACCAUCCCCUGUCCAAGCUGCACUUCGAAGGGAGGAGGAAGAAGAGCGGCAAGAAGAAAAAGGAAAGCGACCGCAAGGACAAUUCAGGCCCCACCAGCAGCACCACUAUUGAGGAAGGAGAGGAUGAGGAAGAUAAUGAGGAAGAGGGUGGAGAGAGCCACACCUAUCUCUCUGAGACAUAUUGUGACACCGUCAAAGAAGAUGUACAGUUUUUUCUGUCAGAUGAAGAUCACCUGGCCACACCUACCACAGACAUACCCUGCCCUGCCCGAGGGCUGGAGGUUGUUCCCCAGUCUGCCGUGAGCACUGUCCCUGAAGAUGCCACCUCCACGGAAAAGCCCUGUCCGGCCUCGUCCAGCAGUGACCCAUCCGACCCCACCACUCUUAUUCGCGUGGCCAGCCGCAGCUACGACCUGCAGGAGCGCCGGUGCACCGGCAACAUGACUGGCGCCGAGCAGGCUAAGUACGAGCGCAUCCCCACGGACGAGAGCGAGGCGCAGACACUGGCCUCCGCUGACCUGGAUGGGAUCAAAAGCCAUCGUUUUGAGGAUGUCCCUGGGGUACGGAGACACCUGGUCAGAAAGAGCACCAAAGGCCAAGUGGUGCAUGUCGGCAAGGACCACAAGGAGCCCUGCACACGCAGCCAAAAAAAGGACCGGACCCCACAUGAGGUGUUUGUGGAGCUGAACGAGCUUAUCAUGGAUAAGAACCAGGAGAUGCAGUGGCGGGAGACGGCCCGUUGGAUCAAGUUUGAGGAGGACGUGGAGGAGGAGACGGACCGCUGGGGCAAACCCCACGUGGCCUCGCUCUCCUUCCGCAGCCUGUUGGAGCUCCGCAAGACCAUCUCCCACGGGGCGGUGUUGUUGGACCUGGACCAGAAGACCUUGCCUGGCAUUGCCCACCAGGUGGUAGAGCAGAUGAUCAUCUCAGACCAGAUCAAGGCUGAGGACCGCGCAAACGUGCUCCGAGCCCUGCUGCUCAAACACAGUCACCCAAGCGAUGAGAAGGAGCACAGCCACAACCCCUUCCCCAGGAACAUCUCGGCGGCCAGCCUGGGCAACCUGCUGCCCCAGCAACACAGCUCCAACCACAUCCACCAUCCAGAGCCCUCCGUCACAGACCCCCUCAUGGGCUCGGCCAGCACAGGGGAGCAGGAGACACGUAUCGACAUGGAGAAGAACGACCUGCAGCAGAAGGAGUCUACUCCAAAUAUCGGCAUACACAGGUCGAAGUCCAAGCAUGAGCUCAAGCUGCUGGAGAAGAUUCCAGAGAAUGCUGAGGCCACUGUUGUCCUUGUGGGCAGCGUGGACUUCCUGGAGCAGCCCACCAUGGCCUUUGUGCGGCUGCAGGAGGCGGAGGAGCUCGACUCUGUCCUGGAGGUCCCAGUGCCAGUCAGGUUCAUCUUUGUCCUGCUGGGUCCCCCCAGCACCAACAUGGACUACCACCAAAUCGGACGCUCCAUCUCCACACUCAUGUCUGACAAGCACUUCCAUGAGUCGGCCUACCUGGCGGACGACCGCCAGGACCUGCUCAACGCCAUCAACGGCUUCCUGGACUGCAGCAUCGUUCUGCCCCCCUCCGAGAUGGGCGGUGAGGAGCUGCUACGCUCCGUGGCACGCUUCCAGAAGGAGAUGCUUCGCAAGCGGGAGGAGCAAGGAGCCCUGCUGGCCAAGGAGCCCAAGAGCCAGAAGGAAAAAGAGGCCCUCCUCUCGCCCGGGAAGCCGGGAGACGACCCCCUGCAGCGUACUGGACGCCCCUUCGGAGGCUUAAUCCGAGACGUGAAGCGCCGCUACCCAAAGUACGUGAGUGACUUCAAGGACGCGCUGAACGCCCAGUGCGCUGCGGCCAUCAUCUUCAUCUACUUCGCUGCCCUCUCCCCCGCCAUAACCUUCGGAGGCCUCCUGGGUGAGAAGACUGAGGGUCUGAUCGGUGUGUCUGAGCUGAUCGUGGCCACAGCUGUGCAGGGUGUUCUUUUCUGCCUCCUGGGGGCCCAGCCGCUCCUGGUGGUGGGCUUCUCCGGACCCCUGCUCGUCUUUGAAGAGGCCUUCUACUCUUUCUGUAAGGGGAACGGGAUAGAGUACCUGACGGGCCGGGUGUGGAUCGGCUUCUGGCUCAUCAUCAUCGUGGUGACGACAGUGGCCUUGGAAGGUAGCUUCCUGGUCCGCUUUGUCUCACGCUUCACCCAGGAGAUCUUCUCCUUCCUCAUCUCGCUCAUCUUCAUCUUCGAGACCUUCUCCAAGAUAGGCAAGAUUUUCAUGGAGCACCCACUGCAGCGCUGUUACCUUGACAACAGCACGGCGGAGAACGCAACGAUGGAGAAUAGCACCCUGGAGCUAUUGCUUGGCAACAGCACUAUUUCGGUGGUGUCGGUGAAGGUCCUAGGGGAACCCAACACAGCACUGCUCUCCCUUGUACUCAUGUCUGGAACCUUCUUCAUUGCAUUCUACCUGCGCAAGUUCAAAAACAGUGCCUUCUUCCCUGGCAAGCUCCGUAGGAUUAUUGGAGAUUUCGGGGUCCCCAUAGCCAUCCUCAUCAUGGUCCUAGUGGACUACAGUAUACGUGACACUUACACACAGAAACUGAGCGUGCCCAGUGGCUUCUCUGUGACCAGUCCUGAGAAGCGUGGCUGGGUGAUCAAUCCCCUAGGCAUGUACACCCCGUUCCCCAUCUGGAUGAUGUUUGGCAGUGUGCUGCCCGCCCUGCUGGUCUUCAUCCUCAUCUUCAUGGAGACACAGAUCACCACUCUGAUAGUGAGUAAAAAGGAGCGGAUGCUGGUGAAGGGUUCUGGCUUCCACCUGGACCUGCUGGUGAUCGUAGUGCUGGGAGGCACCUCUGCCCUGUUCGGCCUGCCCUGGAUGGCCGCUGCCACUGUGCGCUCCGUAACGCACGCCAACGCCCUCACCGUCAUGAGUAAGGCGGUCGCCCCCGGCGACAAGCCCCGCAUCCAGGAGGUCAAGGAGCAGCGGGUUACAGGGUUGCUGGUGGCCAUCUUAGUAGGCCUUUCCAUUGUGAUCGGAGACCUGCUGCGUCAGAUCCCCAUCGCAGUGCUGUUUGGCAUCUUCCUCUACAUGGGCGUGAUGUCACUCAAUGGAAUCCAGUUCACCGAGCGCCUAAUGUUACUGCUGAUGCCUCCCAAGUACCACCCAGACCACACCUACGUCCGCAAGGUGAAAACGCUGCGGAUGCACCUGUACACACUGAUCCAGCUGGUGUGUCUGGCGGCGCUGUGGGCCGUCAUGUCAACCGUGGCCUCUCUGGCUUUCCCUUUCGUCCUCAUCCUCACCGUACCCGUCAAGAUGUUCCUGUUGUCGCGCAUCUUCACCACCCGUGAGAUGCAGUGUCUGGAUGCUGAUGACGCAGAGCCCGUCUUUGACGAGAGAGAGGUCCAUGAUGAAUACUCAGAGAUGCACAUGCCUGUGUGACCCACACCAUCAUAUACCUACCAACCACUGUAUUCUUCUCUGUGUCCACACCAUUCUGCCAAUCAAUCAACCAGCCAAUGAAAUGCCUGCCCAAAGGAUCCACCAGCAAAGACCCUAUUAUUUUUUUAUAUAUAUAUAUAUAUAUAUAAUUGACAGAUCCUCUGACCAUCAUUGAGCACUGUUGGUACUGGUUUCCAUUGCUUUAACCACACCUGACCAAAGGGUAAAGAUGUCGCAUGCAGGCUUUGGUCUUCUGAGACCCAGCUCUGUCAUGGAGGGGUUUAAGAUCACUCAUAACCCCCUGUCAAUCUCAUUCACUGGGACAGAGUUCAAUUGGGUGACAUAAGUAGAUUCAACGUUCAGGCGUUCUCAUGAUGACACACAGCUGGAAAUGAGGACACAUUAUAAGGGGGAACUUCCUGUCCUCUGAAGGGGUUAGAUGUCGUAACCUCGUAACCCUUCAGAGAGCACUUUGUGGCAUUAGGUAUGAAUACAGACUGAAAGGUCCAAUCGGUUCAGCAUAUUUAUUUUGUUCAUCAUCCAUGUUUUAAAAUAUUUCAACAUAUUUGCCUUUUUUGGGGGGGGGGGUUCAGGGGUUCAAAUCCAGUUGUGUGUUUAUAGAUGUGUAUUUUCAAGGUUUAUUCCAGUGACUGUGUAUGGUAGGUAGUUUAGUACACAAUUAUUCAUUUUUCAACCCUGACAGGUUGUGCUGAUUCACAUUGAAUGUGCGGAGGAUUAUAUAUGGGAUACAUUCCUUGAGUCAAUAUAUUUAACCUAUUGUGCUUUCACUUUGUAUGUUUAGCUCUUUUAGCUCACUAAGCGCCUUAUGAAGGACAUGAUGGCUGGACAGAGAAACCUAAUUAUGUUGCUUUUGUUUUUAACAGCUGUUCCUUCAAGAGCACCUCUAAGCCCUCUGCACUUUUUAAGGCAUAAUAUUGAAUGUUUUAUAUUUUACUUAGUGUCUAUCAAACACUAUGCUGUGUAUUUUUGUUUAAAAAAAAUUAAGAUGCCUUAGAUUUUUCUCUCCCGGCAAUUCCAUUAGCUAAAAAGGAAGGCGUGUGAUUUUAUGUUUCCAAACGAUUGCAAAGGGGAUACAAACUGCUCCAACCUCAGACUGAUAUUAAGGUAGUGUUAGCCCGGUGGUUUUACCAAUAGUCAUUACAACACUGCUCAGCAAUCACAGCAGUCUUGUGAAGUCAUAAUGAAAUGAAAUGUGCGUAUCUAUUUUAUUGUGUAGUUUAUUUGCUUUCAUCCAUUCAUCAUCCUCCUCUAGUGUUUAUGCUGCCAUUGGGGUGGCUAAAGUUUACCAGCAGAGGGAGACGAAAUGUAACCAAAGUACACAUUGUAGUACCAAAUGAUUUUAAAGUACUGUACUGAAUGUGAAAUAACUCCCCAACCGUUUAUUUUUCGUUAGCAUUUCCGCCAUAAAAGCUGAAAUGGGAUCACAUCUCUCAAGUGCUACACAAUCUCAAGACCUUUCUGAAGUACUGUCUAUAUACACUAAACAUCGUGUUACUUUCGCCAAGUACAGUAAACUUAUUGUAGUAUUGUUCUAAUAAGGAGCUGUUUAGUUUCACAUAUUUGGUCAUCUAAAGUAUAUCCUGCUGAAUUCCUUUCUUAAAGUUAUUGACGUGCAUCUAUGGGUUUCACCUUCACCUUUUGCAUUCUCACUGUGUAUGUUAGUGGUCUACCUACCAGCAUAAAUCUAGUCAGUAUUUGGGGGGGAGGCACUAAUCUAUUUGUAUUUUCCUGUGUGUGAGUGGUUUUAUUUCUUACCAAAUCUCGGCCUUUUAAAACGUUUCAAGUUUGGUCCGAACUAUCAAAUGUGGGUGUUAUCGCACCUGUUAUUUGCCACCAGGUUUAUGAUGUUUCCGAGGUUGGCAAAGUGGUUCAGCGGGUCAUAACCAUUCUCUCACAACAUUCCAUAUUUGGGGAUUGGGUGGGGAUUUCAAGUAGUAUUAGUGGUUUAUUAUAAAAAUUAUCCAAAGUUUUUAGAUAGAAGCAAAUGCGUUGUCUAAAAUUCCUAAAUGAUACUGUUGACAAAAUUUCUGUGUAGGCAACCUCCUUAGUGUCACCCAUGCCAGGGUAAUCUCUUGUGGAAAGACUACGUAAACAUAAAUCGUACUGUAGAUCUGUCAUGAUACAACUGGAUGUGUGAGAUCUGCAGCAUUAGUUCCAGUGCUUGGGUUUUUUGUCACUGGUUGUUUGGACAAAUCCUGAUUUUUGCAGGCGUUAGCAUAUUUCGGAUGGAGCAGGGGCAUUUGGCUCAUAUACUUGCCUGUAACUUGCAAAGAGAAAGGGUAGAGUUCUUUUGUUUUCGGUUCUGAUCCUCGUUCUAUCUCUUCUCUUAACACUUAUGGACCCAGAUCUUAAUUGAACAUCUGACCAAUUACGCACGACUUAAGUUCUGGGUUUACUAAGAUUGAUGCCAGGGGAAUGGCUUAAAGCCUUUUUAAAGAUGUUGUUUCUAAUAUAUACGGAUGUCUGGAGUUGUCUGGAGACCUAUGAAUAUACUUUUUUUACCUGAAAUGCAGUCAUUGAUUGUGAAGACUGGACCUCAUGUCUGUCUUUUGUUCUUUAUUGCCUCUAUUGUUUCUCAAGCAAGGGGGAGGCCGAAGACCUCAAUAAUCCCCUUCAGACCAACUCCUUAACUUUUUUUUUUAUCCUUUAGUGUGUGUACUUUACUGUAUUUAUACUUGGGAUAUUGCCUUUCAACAGUAAAUGUUCAAAAAUGUCUCUUUCUGAGCACCUCAACUAAGCUAUACUUGGCUCCAUAUUCCCACGGUCUAUGGCUACAGGCAGCCCAACUCUGAACUUUUGUUCAACUAUUGGCAAAAGAUCUGAUUGGUCAAAAGACCAAUAAGUGGAAAAAAUAUCAGAAUCCGGCUGCCGGUGUAAACGCAUUCAAAGUCCUUUAUUUGUGCCUGAAUUUAUCUACAGCUGCACGUGAAUGUAUUUGUGAUUGUGACAUUUAUCACCUGAAUCCGUCAUAGCCGUCAUAUAUAUUUUUUCCAGUAUGUCACUCAAGUUCAAAUUUGUUUUCACUUUUAGAAUGCCCAUAGAUCAAGGCCUGCAAUUCACAACACGUCUCAGAGUAGGAGUGAUGAUGGGAUUUCCAUUUUAGAUCCUACUUAAUAAGAUAUGAACAGAGGGGAUCUAAUCCUAGCACUCCUACUCACUCUUCAUGAAUACAGGUCCUGAUCCCUCACAUGUAUUGCAAUGUGACACUAUGUGUUGUCUUGAGUGUUUGAAGGGUGUUGUGCAGAUGUUUUAAAAGAUGUUGCAGUAAUUGAUGACCAUGGACAAAAUGGUGGUGUGCAAAAUGAGUUGUUUUUAUUUUUUAUGGAAAACGGUAUGGAUGGAGGGAAUGUGUUCUGUACAUGAUUGUCAGUGCCCAAGGAAACAUUGCUAUAAUGCAGUUCCAUUUUAAAAGAAACACAAAGCAUUCUGGGUGUUCAUUGCUUAUGUUCAGUGUACAUACACUACCGGUCAAAAGUUUUAGAACACCUACUCAUUCAAGUGAUCUUUAUUUUCACUAUUUUCUACAUUGUAGAAUAAUAGUGAAGACAUCAAAACUAUGAAGUAACACGUGGAAUCAUAUACUAACCAAAAGUGUUAAGCAAAUCAAAAGAUUUCUCAAAAAGCCACCCUUUGCCUUGAUGACAGCUUUACACACUCUUGGCAUUCUCUCAACCAGCUAUACCUGGAAUGCUUUUCCAACAGUUUUGAAGGGGUUCCCACAUGCUGAGCACUUGUUGGCUGCUUUUCCAUUCACUCUGUGCUCCGACUCAUCCCAAACUAUCUCAAUUUGGUUGAGGUCGGGGGAUUGCGGAGGCCAGGUCAUCUGAUGCAUCACUCUCCUUCUUGGUCAAAUAGCCCUUACACAGCCUGGAAGUGUGUUGGGUCAUUGUCCUGUUGAAAAACAAAUGAUAGUCCCACUAAGCCCAAAACAGAUGGAAUGGUGUAUUGCUGCAGAAAUUUAUUUUGAUUUAACACUUUUUUUUUGGUUACUACAUGAUUCCAUAUGUGUUAUUUCAUAGUUUAGUAAAAUAAUAUAUUUUAAAAAAACCUUGAAUGAGUGGGUGUUCUAAAACUUAGUAGUGUAAAUAGUUAAAAUAUUGAUGACCAAUAAAUAAAGACCAAUUUCGAUUAAACAUCA